CUUAUAACAUAAAACAAAUCCAAUUAUAUUAGUCAUAUAUACUUUUCUUUAUACAUCCUACUCUUUAAGUCAUGGGUCCUGAGCCAACAAAUAAUCACAAGAAAAAUAACAACCAUUCAUCGGAUCAACGACAACUAGAUCAUGAAGUUCGUGAUAUGUUAUCAACUUUGACUAAUCGUCUAACCGAUCUUCACUCGAACAAUAAGUCAUCUGAUCAUCAGUCGAUUCAUGUAGGUGGUGCUGGUGGUGAAGAUGAAGAAGAACAUGGUGUAAGAAUCAUAACACUUGCCGGUACCAAUAUGGGCGCGACUAUGAAAGCAGAGUCGUCGGAUGAUCAGAAGUCAUCUUAUGGGAUUUCACCAGCGACAUUUGAUAAUGAAGCAAUGACUGCAUACGCGAACAGUAAUUUCCAAGCUAUUAAUAACUCGAUAAUGCUUGGUGGAAGUUAUAAGUGUAAAGAUCCUGGGGUUCAUAUGGAAACAUCUGAUUAUCUUGAAGAAACUCAUCGUCAUCAUCGUAAUCAUAAGCAUCGAAACAACAAAGGAAAAUCAAAGGAUGACAUUGGAGGAACUUCUUCGUCCAAAAAGAACUCAACUUCUAGUGAUGAAUCAAGCAGCAGUGAUAGUGAUGAUAAUUGAUAUAUCUAUAUCAUAUUCCCCUUAUUUGAAUAAGUACUUCAUUUCUAUAGUUUCUUCUUUUAUAUGAAUAAAAGAAAAUAAUCAAGAUAUACGUUCAAUAUAUGGUACUACGUUAUACUGUAACUCAUUAUUAUGGAUGUACGUGGUGUCAGUGAAUUUCCUUUUGAUCCAUGUUUUAAUUCGAGUUCAUAGCCAACUCCAAUUUUGUGC